UACGGUCUAUAUCCCAGAAUGCCGUUUAAACUUUUAAAACAUAUUAUUAUUGUUAUUUCUGAAAGAGUUAACAAGUGCCAAUUUUAUUUUGUUACCGGAAGUGGUUGUGUUUUGACGCUAGCCCUGCUGCUCAUGCAUGCUACACCAUUUAGCAUUAUGAAGGGCGCACUGAAAAUAUGAUAAUUUCUCUAUGAAAUGAACCACCUUGUCAUUUCAAAACCAGAAGCUCCUUCAACCUGACAUUUCAGCCAAACCAUUUUACUUAAACACGUGGCAGCAUGGCGAGACCUUUCCACCUGAACACCCCGCUGCUGGAGAGCGUCAGCAUGACCAAGUGUGUGGGGACCCCCGUGUUCCUGAAGAUGGAGAACUCUCAGCCCUCGGGCUCCUUCAAGAUCAGAGGCAUCGGCCACCUCUGCCAGCAGCUGGCCACACAGUCCAAAGGAGUCGUCUGCUCUUCAGGUGGUAAUGCUGGGAUGGCUGCAGCGUACGUAGCCAGGAAGAUGCGUGUCCCCGCCACCAUCGUGGUCCCCUCCUCCACUCCUCAGCUGGUGGUGCAGAGACUGCAGGACCAGGGAGCUACGGUCAAGAUCACAGGCAAGGUUUGGGAUGAUGCCAACACAGAGGCUCUGAGACUGGCAGAGACUGAAGGACUCACCUAUGUUCCUCCUUUCGAUCACCCCCUUCUCUGGCAGGGCCACAGCAGUUUGAUCAGUGAGGUGGCCGCCUCUCUGGAGGUGAAGCCCGGAGCAGUGCUGCUGUCUGUGGGCGGGGGGGGACUCCUCUGUGGAGUUGUCCAGGGCCUGAAGGAUGUGGGCUGGACAGAUGUACCCGUCAUCGCUAUGGAGACGGUGGGGGCCGACUGUUUCAACGCUGCGGUUAAGGCGGGGAGGCUGGUCACGCUGGAUGACAUCACCAGCGAGGCGAAGUGUCUCGGAGCGAAGACGGUCUGCAGGAAGGCGUUUGAGUACAGCCAGAGCAGCCAGCUCACCAUCAUCUCUGAGCUGGUGACGGACCAGCAGGCUCUGAGCGCUGUGGAGACAUUCCUGGGUCAGUAUGAGGAGCGUGUGUUGGUGGAGAUGGCGUGUGGAGCAGCCCUGGCAGCCGUCUACAGCGGACUCGUACACAGAUUACAGGAUGAAGGUCGGCUGCCGGCUCUCCUGGGCCCCCUGCUGGUGAUCGUGUGCGGAGGCAGCAGCGUGGACAUGGAGCAACUGAACCACCUUAAACACAAACUGCACACCUAAAGUACAGUGUGUGAGGAAGUGUGAGUGUGUGUGGAUGUAUAGCUAUACAUGCGUGUCUAUAUGACGGGCCAAUGCUAGGCCACAACGGCUAAAAAUGAUGUCUGGAUGGAUGAAUGAGAGUAAAAUGGUUCCUGGGAAUAAGAACAGAGCUAUAACAUCUGAUUUAAAAGCAAAUGUGUGUUUGGAGUCGCAGAAAAAAUAAAAAUGCAAUAGUUUCUUAGAAAACCCAAAUGUCUUCAGUUAUGAAAUAAUGAGUGAGUCAUUUUAUUAAAUAUAAUUUAACCUUAA